UUACAAGGAAGACAAUCGGAUUGCUACUAUAUCGCCAUGUCUGUCCACAAAACGGCGGUGGUUUUGGUGACCAUAGUGAUGACAGUCAUGGCACGUCCUGCGAUCCAGGACACUUUUUCUGUGACGAAUAUGUUUCGCGACAAGAUACUGGUGGUGCAUUGUCAAUCCAAAGACGACGAUCUCGACGCCCACGCAGUGGCCGUCGGCGACAGCAUCGGGUGGAGUUUCGGGCCGAGUUUUUUCCGGCGAGACGCUUUUUUUUUUUUUUAUAAAGGUGAUUGCAUUAAGAAGAAAAGAGGAAAGAUACAAAGGUUCAGAAGAGCUGAACCGAACUACAAAAAAGGAGAAAGGAAAACUACAAGUAAAUGGAAAACGACAAGUAAACAGAGUGGCAUAAAAAGAGGCGAGACGCUUUUCUGGUGCAGACUUGCCGUCGAAGAUAAGCGUCUUACUUUCACGGCAUACAAUGAAAGCGAGGGAAACAUAAGGUUGUGGUAUGUUCGUGACGAUGGGGUUUAUGGGUGGAACAAGCAAACCCCUAAGGCUGCAUGGAAAAGAGUUUGGCCGCGCCAUUAAAUCAAAGUAAGAGGGUGUGCAACAGUUCGGUCCCUAUUCAGAAUCAGUCGCGGGAACUUUGAGUAGCCUCGACUCAACGUUAAGAAGAUCUGCUUGAGGAUCGGAAACGCAACAUAAGUACACAUUUAGUUCGAUUUGGUCAUGUCUAAUUCAUGGUUUUGUUUCUUUUUAGUAUUCAGAAAAUACGGAGAAUCAUAUUCUGUUUCAUUUGUGUCAGUCCAAUUGUCAGUUAGAUCUAGGAUUUUUUGUCGAUGCAAAGCAAACCAUUGCACAUCCUCUAAUUAAAUUAAUAAGAAAUGAUACACAAUUCAUACAAGUACAAGUAUCGAUAAAUUAAUAACAUAGUAUAAAUUAAUAAUUUUCCGGAUCCCGACUUGGAACCACUGUAAAAAAAGAGCAAAUUUAAUAACAUAAUAAGAUAAUAAUUUUUGAGAACCAACCGACAUAAAUACAUAUAUUUUUAGCUCUAUAAAUUAUAGACACGCGCGUAAAUGUUCGUCACUAAAACACAUACUGAAUGAAAUAUUUCUGUAAUGUUCGUCCCAUAAAAUGUCUGGAGGUUAGCAAAUAGCAAAGCAACCCAUGAGGGCACAGCCGAUCAGUUUCCCUAAAAACGGCAACAGAACAAAUGGCAAAACGACAAAUAACAAGAGAAGCAUAGUGGCAGAGGACACCAGCCCUCUAUACCAAAACGACAAAUAACAAGAGAAUCAUAGAGACAGAGGACACCAUCCCUCCUUCGUUAAACACAAUAUAAACCCAAAAAAAAACAGUCACUAUAACAUAAUACAUCAAAAUGGUUAUCCCCAAAAGGUUACUGGCGACGGUUUUUUAGCGACAGUGGUAAUAUCCAUGGCGCAUCCUUCAGUCCAGGCGCUGACGGUUCACGUUGCCAACAAGUUGAGCAACAAGAUACUGAUAGUGCAUUGUCGAUCCAAAGACGACAAUCUCGGUGCCCAUGCUGUCGAGAUCGGCGUCGAAGUGAGAUGGAGUUUGGAGUUGAACUUCAUGGCUACGACACUUUUCUGGUAUUAUGACCUCGCGGUCGAAGAUAAGCGUCUUUCUUUCGAAGCGUACGGGACGGACAUGACGUACUACGAUUGCUUCAAUGUCUACGAUGAUGGGGUUUGAGAGAGAUUAAUGUAAGGAAGUGGUUAAGCACCAUACACGGGUCUGUAUAAGAUCUAAUAUAACUUUCUCCUAACAACUCAAGUUAUUGGGACCAACAGGUUUAUGACAUGGUAUCAGAGUUGGUUUGUCCUUGAGGUCACGUGUUCAAGUCCUCAUAACCCCCAAUAUUAAUCGUUGUCUUUCAAGCACAUGGUCUGGCGAGAGCCUGUGCAAACUUCAAACCAAUGAGUAGGCUUUCGUUUGAGGGGGCGUGUAAGGAAGUGGUUAAGCACCAUACACGGGCCUGUAUAAGAUCCAGCAUAACCUUCUCCCAACAAUUCGAGUUAUAGGGACCUACAGGUUUUUGACAUGGUAUCAGAGCUGGUUGUCCUUGAGGUCACGUGUUCAAGUCCUCACGACCCCAAUAUUAAUCGUUGUCUUUCAAGCACAUAGUAUGACGGGUUUGUGCAAAUUUCAAGCCCCAUGAGUCGGCUUUCGUUCGAGGGGGCGUGUAAGGAAGUGGUUAAGCACCAUACACGGGCCUGUAUAAGAUCCAACAUAACCUUCUCCCAACAACUCGAGUUAUUGGGACCAACUGGUUUAUAAAAUAUUCGGGGUCAUUUGAAUGAAGAAUAUAUUAAUAAGGGAUUUGAGAGAACUGAUUGAAACCUUCAUGGCCGGUGAUUUCGAAGAGGGAGGCCAGUCUGUAGCUAGCUUCCUAAUGCCUCUGUUUAAAGAGAGAAACCGUCAUAAACCAAUUGGUUCCAAUAACUCGAGUCUUUUAGAUGAGAUCCAUGUAUGAUAGUUAAAUCAUUUUUUUUUUUACAGAACCAGUGUAUAGUUUGGUUUUCGGGGUUUUAAUGGGUUCGGUUUGGUUACCUGAACGGACAGCCCUAAAUUCAGUAUACCAUUAUGGUACUAAAUCAUACCAUCCAAAGAUAUUGCGAUGAUGAGGACCUUAAAUUUAUGGGUAGCUCCCAACUUUCGAAGGGCAUGGAAAUACGAGACAUAACUCAGAAGCUUUCGUAUUAUGCACAGUAGCAACCAAACAAAUAUCUUCGUCGCUAAAGACUAUAUACUAUUCGUCGUCUUUCUGACAUGUUAAUAGUUAUUAGAAGGCGAAAGUACGAGGUCUUCUCUUUGAAAAUUUCGUGUAAGCUUGGUUGGUUUCUUCCUCUAGCAAGAUGGCACCGCUCUGAAAAUUUGGAGGAUAUUUCCUUCCGCAAGAUGACAUGCAGCAGUAGCAACCAUUAGCAAUUCUAUCGCCCUGGGAGACAAAACGACUCAUCAAAGGAAUUCCAUAAUCAGUUAGAUAUUCAGAAUGUGGUGACAAGAAUAAGUGUUAUUUACGCGU